CACAGACACCUUACCUUCACUUUCCUUUUCCUACACAAUGGACACGCUAUUCUGAUUUCUGAAAGCAAUGCACAAGAUGCAACUCUGAACACUCUUCUUUUGCUAUGCCGGAAAGUUUCUGAUUCCGGCCACCACCCUCCGCCGCCGCUGUCUCAUUCUCUCUUUCUUCCGAUGGCUACUGUUACUUCUUCUUUCUCUUUCUCGGCACUCACUCAAUCUUCGCAGAGGAAGCAUACCCUCUCUUCUACUUGCGUCCUUGGUUCCAAUUCAGAUGGCAUUCGAUUCCGGAAGAGUUUCUUGUGCCAGCAAGUGGGUGUUCAAGCUUCCAAUUCUGCUUCCAAAUUGGUCGUUCGGUGCUCCUCUUCUGUGUCAGACCCUCCACCUGUUUCUGAGACAAAGUUAAAUUUUCUCAAGGAAUAUAAACGACCAAUUCCUAGUAUCUACAACACGGUUCUGCAGGAGCUCAUAGUCCAGCAACAUUUGAUGAGAUUCAAGAGGUCGUACCGCUAUGACCCUGUAUUUGCUCUUGGCUUCGUCACUGUAUAUGAGCAACUCAUGGAAGGGUAUCCUAGUGAUGAGGACCGCGAUGCCAUCUUUCAAGCAUACAUCAAGGCAUUGAAGGAAGACCCAGGGCAAUACAGAGAAGAUGCACAAAAGUUGGAAGAAUGGGCCCGGACACAAAGCUCAACAUCACUGAUUGAAUUUUCAUCGAGAGAAGGAGAAGUUGAGGGGGCAUUAAAGGAUAUUGCAGAAAGAGCAGGAGGAAAGGGGGAUUUCAGUUAUAGUCGUUUCUUCGCAAUAGGCCUUUUUCGUCUUCUUGAACUGGGAAAUGCAAUGGAACCAGCAAUUUUGGAAAAGCUUUGUGCGGCUUUGAAUGUCGACAAAAGAAGUGUGGAUCGGGACUUGGACGUGUACCGUAAUCUGCUUUCUAAGUUGGUUCAAGCUAAAGAGCUGCUAAAGGAAUAUGUUGACAGGGAGAAGAAGAAGCAAGAAGAAAGGGCUGAGCCGCAAAAGGCUAAUGAGGCCAUUACAAAAUGUUUGGGGCAAGAGCAAUUUUCUGAAUUGUAGGCAUGUAUUCUUUCUCAAAUGCAUGCCUGAAGUCAUAUAUUCAGAUAACUGAAGUUGUUAACAUUUCAGUAUAUCUCACAUUUUUCUGGGGUACAUGUUCGGUUCCUAUCUCAAAAAUUUACCUUUUGCAGAAAGUUGUGCAAUUUGCAUCUAUGAAUUGGAUAUACUCAUGUACAGAGUGUAGUUUAGCUUCUAAACUGAAAUUAUAGUGUGCAAAUUAUACAUUUCAGAGUGGUCGAUAAGACUUGAGUUCCUUCCAAAAUCCAAA